AUGACGGCCCCCACAUUCACCACAACCCGUUUGAACCCCACAACCUUCGCCAUCACAAUGCCCACCCACCCCCCAACCUACCUCAAACGCUUCUCUGAGCCGCACAUCCUCCUCCACGCCGGGCACCCACAUCCCGCCAUUGCAACCUACCUCGAAACCGUCCCCGUCUCCGCAAACGGGAACCGCCCGCUCAACCCCCGUGGCGCCCAUGAGUAUAUCCUCACGCUUCUGCGCCUCCCGCAUACCGCGGCUAGCACAAAGCUCAUGCCCUCCAUGAUACUCGCCUCCUCGAACGCGGCCCCGCCGUACCCGCCGCUACCCGUGGAGCACCUCGAGGACACGGCCAUGUUCCCGCACGUGUCGCUGUCCGAGACGCCGCUGACGGCGCUGCUGACGCCCGGGGUUGCGCCAGAGUCGCUGUGCGUGUAUGAUGCAGGGGAGGCCGUGCUGUUCGCUGAGGAGCUUGUGGGCGCUGUUGUAUUUGGCCUGCAGUCGGAGGUGAGCGAGUACUGGCGCAGCCUGGAGCGGGUGCUGGAGUUUCUGCGUGACGAGGCGGAUGAGGGGACGGCCGUGAUUGCCGGGGGUGUGGUGAGGGUGGAUGCGGUGGAGGUGGUGGAGGGCAUGAAGGAGUUGCUGGGGAGGGUGUUGAGGGGUGAGGUGAAAGGGGCGGAGAGAGGUGGAGGAAGGGGAGGAAGGGUUCUGUUUUAUGGAGGGAAAGAGGCGUCCUUUCUGGGGCCGGAGUGUGUGUUUGAUGUCGGGAGAAAGACGUUGAGGGGGGAGCUGUAUUCGUAG